AUGGCAACAGGAGGGCCUGAAAUUAUAUUAACCCCUGAAGAGAGACACGUUUUUGGUCAACUGUUUAAAGCAGCCGACGAGGAGGGUAAAGGAAUUGUCACCGGAAAUAGGGCAAUUUGGCAGAUUGCCGAUUCGGAAAAUAAAGGAUUCUUGACACCACAGACUUUCAGUAUCGCCAUUAAGCUUAUAGCACAAGCUCAGAAUGGACAAGAGCCGGAUCGUUCAUUAAUUAAUAAAGAAUCACCAUUACCGCAUUUUCAAGACAUUGUUAUUGAACCUUUCACCAAAGGAAUUACAAACAGUAAUAAUGUUGUUUUUAUCACGAAUGACGACCGGGAUAAAUACAAAAACCUGUUUAAUUCGUUACAUCCCAAAAACGGGAUAAUUGAAAAUGAAAACUUAAAAGCAUUAUGGAUUAGAUCUAAACUUCCGACUGAAAAACUUGCGCAGAUUUGGAAUUUGGCAGAUACAAAAAAAAGGGGACAUCUGGACCUCACAGAAUUUAUGAUUGCAAUGUAUUUUGUGCAAAAGUGUAUGACCAAUAGUAUUCAAACUCUGCCGCAAACUUUGCCACCAGGAUUAUACGAGGAAGCAGUGGCAGCGGCAGGAGGAACAUCAUCCCCAAAAAUUCCUCCAGCAUUUUCUCCACAUAAUACUAUUGGCACCACUAGCCCAUCUCCAUAUUCAACAGGCAGUCCCAGAUUCAAACAACAGCAGCAAUCAUCACUAUUAAUUCCGCGAGGGUCUUCUGAAAAUUUACGCACAUCUACAACAGCAGCAGCUCCAUUCUUUGAUGAAGGCAUCAUUAAUAAUUCACCAGGAGAUGUUUGGGAUGUAACUCCCCAGGAUAAAGCCAAUUUUGACGCCUAUUUCUCAGAGCUCGAUGCGACCAAUAGAGGAUUUAUCACUGGCAAGUGCGAGGAGGCAGCCAAUUUUUUUUUGAACUCGAAACUUUCAGCCGAAGUUUUGGCUCAGAUAUGGGAUCUUGCCAAUGUUACAAAAUCUGGCCGAUUGACUCGAGAUGAAUUUGCAGUGGCAAUGCAUUUAAUAUAUAAGAAGAAAGCAGGUGGCGUGUUACCUACGACAUUACCACCUAGUCUUAUACCACCUUCAAUAAGGCCGACAAUAAAGAAUGCCUUUUCAAAUUUACAAAGAACAGACAGCAUUCGUCCACGUACUUCGACAACAAAUUUGAAUGAUCCCUUUUUUGACCCUCCAUUUCCAACAUCUACGACGAAUAAUAGCACAGCCUUUCAGAAAUCGCCAGAGGUUGAUCUCCUUUCGAUAGACCAAGAUAUUAAAACGGAAAUAGCGCUUGAAACGGGUGAAAUUCGAAAUCUCGAAUCUCAACUUACGCAGUUAAAUAAUGCUUCGACUGGACUUAAAGCGAGACGAAAUGAGUUAGAAUCAAACUUUGCCUCAUUGACUAUCAAGAAGAAUGAUAUUAAAUUGCGUCUCACACAAUUAAAGGCAUUAUACGAAGCAGAGAUUAAGAUCGUGCAAGAAAUUGAGGCCAACUAUCGAAAAGAACAUGAGGCUACUGAACUGGUGAGAGCUGAGCUUGCCUCGGCCGAGCGUAGCCUUGCAACCCUGCAACUAGAAAAGGAUCAACUUCAAUCCGGCAUUUUAAAGGAUCGUGAAGAAACAAUGAACCUCAAGAAGCAGAUAAGAUUAACUGAGGAAGAAACAUUAACGAUUAAGGCACAAAUUGAGAAAUUGAAAAAAGAAUCACGGCAACAUAAAGGAUUGCUAGCGAUCAAUCGAAAACAAUUAUCUAGUGUUAAGGUUGAACAAGAGAAAUCAGCGAAGACAUUGCAGAAACUGCAAGAUGAGGAGGCAAAUCAACAGCAGGAAUUUUCGGAUCCUUUUGCGAACCUUCAACCCGCUAGUCAAGGAAUUUCUGAGGAAUUUACGGAAAAUGGCAGUCAACAAGCUUCUCACGUUCACAGUCAAAAGCCAUCGAUAGCCUCCAUUCCUGAUCUUGGGAUAAAGAGAACAAUGUCAAAUGCGUCACUUGACUCAUAUUCAACUCAUAGUGUUUCAAGCUCAAGAUCGCUUAAUUUAGUGCAAGCAAAUUAUGAAGGAAUGACGAGCUUUGAUAAGCCUGCUUCAGUGGCAACCUCUAAGCCCUCGGAGCUUGAAAAAAGUGUGAUUGAUAACGCGUCGGAAAUAUCCGCGAAAUCAAAUCCAUUUGACAAAGUAUUUGAUCCUUCAUUGGAUAAGGCAUUUGAUAAUUUAAAUUUUGCUGUUAAUAAUUAUGAUGAAAAGUCUAUAGCACCACAAGUAUCAUCUGAUAAAUCAUUUGAUAAGGCAUUUGAUAAUUUAAAUUUUGCUGUUAACAAUAAUGAUGAAAAGCCUAUAGUACCCCAAGUAUCAUCUGUUCAAGCGAGUUUGGUUCAGCACGAAGAAAAGAGAUUAGAUCCUUUCAAUAAUUUGAAUGAGGAGAAAAAGGAUUUGGUUGGCAAAUCUGAAAAUAAACAGACAGACUUUUUUGAACCUGCGCAAACUAAUAUUGAUACAACAAAGAAAGAGGAUUCUUUGCCUAGUAAUGAUCCUUUUUCAUCAUUAGGCAGCUUUAAACCAGUGGCGGGAAACAAUAAAUUGGAUGCUGCCUUUUCCGCUUUUGGACCACCACCUCCGGAAACCUUAACUCCAGACACAUUUGCAACGGAAUUUCCUACUCUUGAAGAACUUGAGAAAUCUCUGGCCGGAGACGUUUCUUUAGGUUUUGAAGAUAAUUUUACGGAGGAUAAGAAACCCAAAAAUGCUGUAGAUAACGAUAUCAACUCUAAAACUGGAGAUGAAAUACUUUCGAAUUCAAACCAGGGUUUAUCGAACAUUAAUUUUGGUAAAACAGAUAAAAAUGAAGAUUCUGAAAAUAAAGACAUUUUAUCUUUAGAGAAAAUUGGCAACAAUGAAUCAGAAGAAUCAAAAAUUGAUUCGUUUAAUAUUUCGGCCGAACCAAUAAUUAAUGAUUCGUUAACAGCUUCGAAAGAUUCAUUCCAAGGUUUACUCGAUUCUAAAGACAUAUCGGAUCCCUUUACUGUACCACCAAAAGACCAGACCGAGCACGUUAAUGCACAAUCAACUGCAGCAGGUUCUAAUGUUCCUAUUGCGCCGAUAGACGAUUUUGAUGCCGCAUUUGCCAAUUUACCGGAAUCUAAAGUAGUAAACGCACCUGUCGCUUCGACAAACAAACUUGAUGCCGCUUUUGACGCAUUUGAUGACGCAUUUGCCGAUUUAUCCGAAUCCAAAGUGGUUAAUGCGCCUGUUGCUUCGGUAAACAAAUUUGAUACCAAUUUUGACGCCUUUGAUGCCGCAUUUGCCGAUUUAUCGGAAGCCAAAGUAGUUAAUGCACCCACCGAUUUCGAUGCAACAUUCGAUGAGAAUGAUUUUGAUGAUGAUUUCAAUCCCACGUUUGACACACCAACAGUCGCGAAUGUGAAAAAAACAAGCAACUCGAGUAAUUCACAGAUAGAUUCUGCCACUGCUACGAAUUUUAAUAGCAUCGAUUUUAAUAAGGCAUUUGACGACUUUGAUUCAUUCACAGCAAAUACUGCUACAACGUCGACAACACUUAACACAUCAAAACCGAAUUUAGAUGCUGCAUUCGGCGGAAGUUUCAUCGGAUCAACGACAACAAAAUCCGAAACGAAAAAUGAAUUUGGCUUUGAAGAUACAUUUACAGAACUGUCUAAACCUCCACAGAUUUUUCAUAUUCUAGAUUCAACAUUGCCUCCUCCUCCAGUACUACCACCAAGAGAAUCAGCUAAGGAAGAUAAUGAUUCUGACUAUGUUAAACAGCUGAGAUCUAUGGGCUUCACUAGAGAACAAUCGGUCAAUGCGCUUGAAAAAUAUGAUUACGAUUUAGAAAAAGCUUCUAAUUAUUUAAUUGAUCAGAUAACAAUAGAAAACGAACAAACCGGCGUAUCAUCAAUACGAUUGCCACCUGAAACGUGGCAGACAAUCUUUGCAGAUUUCAAAGCGGGGGAUUUAUAUCGAUGUUUGUUAGUUGAUCGACAUUGGUGUUCGAACGUAGUGUCGUUAUUGUGGCGGGAUCCAUUUCUAACGGAGAGUGAGAUAUUAAUCAAGAUAUAUCUGGCAUUUUUAGACGAUUCUGAACGCACAGAGCUGGACGAAGCUGGCGUAGUUGUUCCCGUGAUUCCAAUGCCAACUUUCGAAUACCCGGCGUUUUUGAAAUCGGUUGACUAUUGGAAUUUUGGGAAAUCAGUUCGUGCUUGGUUAAGAUGGGUUGAUCAAAUAGCAGAGUCUAAAAGCAUCAAGGGAAAAGGGAAAGAAAUUGAAUCACAAUUUUCGAUAGAUUUAUUUCCAAAAAUUGCUUUGGCAAAAGAAGAUCAAUUACCAGUCCUCAUGCGAAAGAACGGCAGUGGUAAAAUAACAUACAGGUCAGCGGUUAAGCGAGCCAUCGUAAAAAUGUUAAUGAGAUUGGCGCCGGCUGCCUCGAAAAUUGUGUUAAAAGAUCCGGACGACUUUUUCUUGCUUAGGGCGCGGGAAAUUGUGAAAUGGUGUCAACAAUUUCAAGAAUUGAGAAUAGUUUCAGGACCAUUGGAACAUGACAAGUAUCCAGCCCUUUGUGAGGGGUUUAUAAACGCUGAGCAUGUUUAUAUCGAGAUCAACUUUUAUCGCCAAGAUUGGGCAAGAGAAGGAAAAUCAGAAAUGGACAAGCUCAUUAAGUUUAUAAACUGCUUGCGACGAUUGACUACUUUCCAAUUAAAGCUGCUAUCAAAUGAAUGGAUUCCCACAGACAUAGAUCGUUUAUGUGCUGCACUGCCGAAAACAUUACGUCAUUUGUCAUUUAAAUCGGUGAAUUUUACUGCAGUGACAAAUCUCAAGCCCUUGACAAAGCUUACCAAUUUGGAAACCUUAGAAUUUGAGUGUCCGUCUGGACUUACAGACGAGAAAAAAGUGGCUCCAUUGACAGCUGCUGCGUAUUUUCCACACCUAAGGAAAGUUAUUGUGCGUGGUGGUGAUGUUUCGGACGACAUGGCUAAAUUGCAAACCUUACACGCAAUGAUUCGAGUCCAAGAACCUCCAAAUGUAGCAGGCUAA